AUCAAGAAGCUGGAGGAGAAAGAAAACAAGAUCGAAUAGGCCCAGGGGGAUGGCCUAACCAGAUUUCUGAGAACCAAGUCCAUGAGUUAUCUUCACAAAGAGCACUUGAAGAUGUAUCCGGGUUCCUUUCGGUACAACAGCCACAGUGGAGGCAGUCGAGGCCCCUAUAGCCAUCUACAGAACUCCAACUUUGGGCCGGGCCCAGCUUAUGCAUACUAUAUGGGAUACCAUCAAGUGACCAACCUGGAUGGCCACAGGCAGUGGUUUGGGAACUGGGGGUCUCCCUAUGCCCCUCCAAAGAUGGAUUGGAUGUCCUCGGGUGAAGGCCCCUCGGAUUACGUGAGGAAAUCCCCAUCCAGCAAGAUUCCCUACAGCUCCCCUGACUCCAACAACCUGCUCCUUCCCAAGACCCCCGGAGACUAUUCUCCCAAAGACAUGGAGCCCCACUCCUGCAGCAAUGGCCACCAUACCUAUGCUUGGAUGCAAAAAACCAUGGGAUACACAGGGAAAACAAGGAAAGAGAAAUACCGGGUGGUUUAUACAGAUCAUCAGAGGCUGGAGCUAGAGAAGGAAUUUUAUUUUGCUAGAUAUAUCUCCUCACCAAGACGGUUGGAACUGGCAUCUUCUUUGAACCUUUCAGAGAGACAGGUGAAGAUUUGGUUCCAGAACCGCAGAGCCAAAGAGAAAAAACAAAUGAAUAAGAGAUCCCUUUCUGCAGGCAGCAGCCAAGGCUCCUUAGCAUGGGAUUCAGGCCUGGCUGGCCCUGCUCAAGGGUUAGCCCUCAUAUGA